AUGGCAGACUACAGCAAGCAGACGGUCGCGCAAUUGCGGCAGCUGUUGAAGGAUCGUAGUAUACCGAGUACCGGCCUGACACGAAAAGCGCAGAUUAUCGAGAAGUUGCAAGAGGCAGACGGUGCUGAAGCCUCGAGUUCUGCUCAAAUUUCCAAUGCGCACCACGCGAUUACCGAGAACGCAGACGCGCCGCCCGAUCCGGUGGAGCAGGUCAAGGAAGAAGUUGGUCAUGGCGACACUGCUGGCAGAGAGAAUGCUCCGGGACCCGCGCUUUCUGAGGCUGGAGAACCAGAGCAACUGAACCACGAAAACGAGUCGAAACCACCACCCGUACCUGCAGCGACUACCGAACCCCUCCCUGAGACAAUCUCGCACAUUGACAGCAACAUUCCUCCGCCAGACCAGAUCAAGGCAAUAGAGGAGCCUAUGGAAGACGCCACCAAUAUGGACGAGCCCGGUUCGAUACAACCCGCGAGAGUCUUCAACGCGCCGCCCGCGGAUCCCGUUGGCCCAACCGUUACAGAGCCUACAGACGCGGAAGUCGAGGACGUAAAACAGGUCCAGGUUGCAGGGGACGAGCUGCCAGAUGCUCCUGGGCCGGCUGCUGAGGCGUUGCGAAUGGUGCAGCCACCAUCUGGACUUGCCGAAGACUUGCAAGAUGCAACAGCGGACGAGAAGAUGGCUUCAAUCGCAUCGGAUGAACAGCAAUCAGUAGAGAAGCCAGACACACUUGCGGUUCCAGGGUCGCCGAUGAUCGACACAUCGAGGCUGAACACAGAGGAGCUAGAUGCAGAUUCAAAGAAGAGAAAAAGAAGGAGUGGCACACCGGAGAUGGCAGCCGAGGACAUCAAGGCAAAGAAACACAAGCCAGCUCAAGAACCGGUUCCUGAAAUCCACUUGCACGAAGAUGAAGACACAGUCAUGGAGCAAAGAAGACCGGAGGAAGAGGCCGACAGCCCAACAGACGUCAAGUCACACGAAACGAACGGAAAUUGCACCCCGUCAGUCGAAGAGCAGCCACCAGCCAUGGAAGCAGAUACCAAGCGCGAGAAAAAGGAGAAGGCUGCUCGAUACAAAGACCUGGUCAAGUCCAGCGCAGACGACACUCCCCAGGAAGCCUUAAUUGACGACAGGCCUACAGUACCCGCACUUCACCCUGUAACAUCUGCUUUGUACAUUCGCAACUUUAUGCGCCCUCUACGUCCGGAGCCACUGCGAGCACACUUGAUUUCUCUUGCCUCGCCACCAUCUAGCUCACCGGACCCUACCAUAGUUGAGGAUCUUUUCCUAGAUUCGCUGAAGACGCAUGCUCUCGUACUGCUUAGUACUAAGACCGCUGCAUCACGAGUACGAGCGUCGCUCCAUGGCUCCAUCUGGCCGCCAGAGGGCAACAGGAAAGAGUUAUGGGUAGAUUUCGUUCCGGACGAGACGGUAAAAGACUGGAUCAGAGAGGAAGAGGACGCGUUGGCUGCAGAGAAAGAGGCCCGUGCAAACAAACUGCCGACUAACCCGAAGCGAUUCGAGGUUGUGUAUUCCGAAUCGAGCAAUGGUUCAGUCACAGCCGUGUUUCAAGAAGUCGGAUCGAGCGCUCCUGCAAAUGCACCACGAGGCCCACGCGCAAGCAUUGACGCACGAAGGCCAUCCAUACAACAACCACUCACACCGUCACUUUCGACCGCUCCAUCAAAAGACACACGGCAAGAUACUGAAGCCUCGUUCAAAACACUCCACGACCUGUUCAGCGCUACAGAAGCGAAACCUCAACUUUUUUACUUGCCUGUUUCAGAUGAGAUCUCCGAACUGAGACUGAAGGAAUUGGAAGCCGAGACAAGUAGAGACUGGUCACCUGGCGAGACUAGGAAAGGACGGGGUAUCAAGGCUGAGAUGAAGUACAAAUACAGUUUCGAUGAAGACGACAGGAUCAUCGAGGUUGGUGAAGAACGCGACGAGGGCUAUAGAGGUGCUCUGGUACUCAAAGAGCCUCUACCCUUCAGCGAUGAGGACGUCACAUUCCGUCUUCUUUCUCUCAACGUUUGCUGUACUCUAGCUUCAUUAGCCGUUGGCCUCUCCGUCUUCCACAUCAUGCAACACGCGCUGCACUGCCUUCGCUCAUGGGAACAAAAACACAUCAUACGCAUCCUCGCUGUCAUCCCUGUCUAUUCUUGGACCACGUUCUUCUCCUACCUUUUCCUCGGCGGUGCGGUUUACUGGGAACUUAUCCGUGAAUGCUACGCCGCCUACGCUACUGUGAGCUUCUUCACGCUUAUGUGUCACUACAUAGCACCCAAUCUUCAUGAGCAGAAAAAUUAUUUUCGCAGUGCCGAGCCGAAGAACUGGGGCUGGCCAUUGAAUUGGGUCCAGAAGCUGAGUGGUGGUGAAUAUAAAGGCUGGCUGAGGAAGCCCAGAUGCGGCGUCACUUGGUUCAACAUCAACUAUAUCGGCAUCUUCCAAUACGUUGUCCUUCGAACCAUCGUAACCAUCGUAUCCGGCGUCACGCAAUUAUUCGGUCGGCUUUGCAAAGAGGAACACAAUCCACGAUACGCAUCCACAUGGACAGCCAUAUUCGACGCCGUUUCUAUCCUUGCAGCCAUGUAUUGCAUGCACCAAGUCUACGACCAGCUCAAAGAAGAUCUCGCGCCCAACAAACCUGUUCUCAAGAUGGUAUGCGUCAAGCUGAUUGUCUUCCUUACUUAUUGGCAAACAUGGCUUAUUUCCCUGCUCAUCCGGUUUCGUGUACUACACGAAACGCGAUUCAUUUCGCUGUCCGAUAUUCAUCUUGGCAUCCCGUGUCUGCUUACAUGCGCUGAGACUUUGGUGUUUGCUAUCUUACACUACUGGGCGUUUCCGUGGAGGCAAUACGACAUUGAGCGCCUUCCAAAAUUUCCGGAGCAAGUGUACGAGUGUGGACCUAACGAAGCGCUGCUCGAGGCGGCCAGUCCUUGGGAUUACUGCUGCGCCACCGCCCGUGGCUUCCGCUGGCUAUUAUAUGGUAUUCAUUUUCGCAAUGCUAGCCUAUUUUAUGAGCCCAACUACGAAGCCCAGGGUAUCACUACAAGAGUUCGAGACGGUACGCAGUCAGAUCCUAUAUAUGAAGUUCCGAAGGGCGUUGCCCCAGCGCAGAUCAAUAUGCCCUCCAAAUCACGUGGACUGAGGACUUCGACAGGCUGCUUGACAUGCCGCAAGCGCAAAGUCAAGUGCGAUGAGAGUCAUCCGAAUUGCAAGAAUUGCGAGAGAGUCCACCGCGAGUGUGUAUAUGCUGAAAAAGCUCCUACACCCCGACGGCCACGAGCAUUAAGCGCGUAUAAACCCGACGACAUUUCAGCUACCACAGAUUCUGUGACAGGAAAUAAUGAGACCGAGCCAAGAUCUGCAGGCGUCUCAGCGCUAAGUGCAGAGCCCGUAGAACCGAUACAAUCGUGGGGACCUUUCCCCGCAGAACAGCCAGGGCUCUCCGAGAGCGUGAUACCCAACGACGACUUCUUCCUUGACGACAGUCUUUUUAAUUUCGGGGAUAGUCUGACCCCCAACUUUGGACCGGUCGAAUGGUAUGAUCUACUCGCCGAAGACGCCAUCAACAAUAUGCAAGGACAAACGCAUAGCAAUCGCUGGAAUUUCGACAUUGCUAGCCUUUCAAGAAGACAAUCACCUCGACAGUCUGUUGCUCUAGAAGCGAAUGAUAACCCUUUCAGCAACGUCGAUGUGCAUACUAUUGCGAUACCUGAGCAACCAUGGAACACAGAGACGAAGAUUGAGCUGAAACGACAAGAAUUGGUGUACUUCGAACACUACGUCAGCGUGGUAGCACCAAUACUGGACUUGUUCGACCCGGUGAAGCAUUUCGCUAAUGUUGUGCCUCAUCUUGCCUUGCAUAAUGUAGGGUUGCUGAAGUCUUUAUUGGCAGUGGGUGCCUGUCACAUGGCGCUAUUCCAGGAUCAGGAUGUAAACAACGAUGUUGCGUCACAAGCGCCGCCUGGCACACCCGCUUCAUCUGCCAGUGCAUCGCCGACAAUUCGAACGGUUGCUGAGCAAUUCUAUUACGAAACACUGCAAUACCUAUCCCAGAAUCUACUGUAUCAGUCGUAUACGAAAUCUCGCGAAAUACUCGUCACUGCUAUCAUGAUCUCGACAUAUGAAAUGUUUGGGACAGCUAGCACCUCGGAUCAUAGUAACUGGGAUCGCCAUCUGAGGGGAGCAUUCUGGAUACAACGAAAUUCUGACACAAGCGGCGAGUCUAACGAUGGCUUGCAACGAGCAGUCUGGUGGGCAUGGCUACGGCAAGACGUCUGGGCGGCUUUCCGUACUGGGCGGCCGGCACUGACAAUACACCAGCCUAGAGUGCCGAUGGGUGAACUUACAUCAGAAGGACUGGCUACACGUAUUAUAUACAUCGCAGCAAAAUGCGUACAAUUUGCUGCAACACCUAAGCAGGGUGAUAUCGCCGGAUACAUCGAAGCAGGAGAAACGUUAUUGCGGAUGCUAGACGCAUGGAAGAGUCUCCUACCGCCAAGCUUUGAGCCCAUACCCAUUCAAUCUGGACAUCAUGCAUCUUCACCGAACCCAGCGCUCGAAGCGAAUCUGACGCCAAUAUGGAUACAUCCUCCUGCGCAUGCCGCUGCUAUUCAGAUGUACCAUUUUGCACGAAUCAUAAUGGUACUCAAUCAGCCAUCUACCGGAGGUCUUAACAUGUAUCAGACACGCUUCAAGCUCCUACGCGAAAGCACUUCGACAAUUUGCGGUAUAGCAUUAGCACAGCAAUCGCAAAACUCACCCUCGGCUUUUGUUUGCUUCCAGGCUAUCUAUGCAGGUUUGUUCACCCAAUCCCGUGUAUACUAUGCCAACUGA